AUGGAAUCUAAACUUAAACAUUUCAUUUAACUUUUAAUUUUAAUUGUUAGUAAAUAUUAAGUAAUAAAUAUUAACCGUAGUGAUACCAUUCGAUGAGUAUUGGGAUCUUCGGACUUCUCGUAUUAAACAUCGUUUUAUAAAUAUCUAUGAAGUUAAGAUAUGGCACCAUUGUUUUCUAAAAAAGAUAAUUUUAAAAAAAGUAGAGAUGCUAAAAUAGAAAACUUUUCACGGAAACUUAUUAAAAGGAUAACUGGUUUGAAGGAUGAUGACCAGAAUUUUCAACUUUGUAUUGAGUUUGUUGACUCCAAUUUCAAAUAUCAUCGAUUCUUAGAUGUCAAUAGUCAUCAAGUACAAAAGACCAUAGAUGGUCUGUCUGAAAAGUUUCUAAUCCAUGGACAGUAUCAAAAAGCCAGGUCCUUUAAGAGCUUAACUACUCAACUUCUGGAUAGUGUGAGAAUAUCCCACUUUAGUCAGAAAGAUGAUGUAUUUUCCAUCCUCUCUCUGUUGCUACAUCUUUCCGAGUCCCCUGUGAACUACAAUUACACGCCAAGAUUGGUGUUCAAGGACAAACGUGUAGUUGAUGUUAGUGAAGAUGUUGACUGGGGUACCUACUUGCUUGAAGGAGAAGAAUUAUCAUCAAAGUUCUCCGACAGCCAAGAGGAGUAUCUUAGUGACGAUGAAGACCUUGAAGUUGAAAAAGAAGAACCACUAGAUAUAAAAUUACCAAAAUAUCCUCCCAGGAGAGAUGAUUCAGGAAUAGACAUUUGUUCUUAUGGAAAAGGAAAAUCAUCUUCUCCAGAGACUCCUGAAAUAGACUCUACUUUUUCUCUUCAUUGUACAUCUGGAUAUUCCUGGUUGACUCAAAACAUCCAACCUUCAUACUGGUCCAAAGCUUCAGUCCAGCAUUCAGAACCUCUUAGUAAUUCCUGGGUAUCAAAUUUUGUUAAAGAAUGGGAACAAUAUUUGGAACAAACUUCAGAAUUUUAUGUGAAAGGACAAAACAUUGUUCUGACAGAAAGACAAGUAAUAAGAGAACUGUUAUGGAUGCUGAGUGGUAUUCAAGAUCUUUUUUUAUUUGUAUGGAAAGAUAACAGAUUUUGUGUGCAAGAAGAUGUACAGCUGUCUCACCUGACUCAGGGAUGUCUAUCAGCCUUUUUACAAAAAUUCUGUGAUUAUGGAACAACUGUUGUAAAGUUAUCCCUGUUUGUGAGGGAAAUUUCCUCCUCGUCAUCUACUAAUCACUGUCCUUCCUAUCAAGCUUAUGCUGCAGCUCUAAGUCACUUGCUUGGAACUUUUUCGUGUGUUCUAAGAAGAUAUGAAAAAAUAUUGAUAAAACAAGAAGAAACUUUGACCUUGAGUAUGGUUCUGCACGGACUUCAGAAGUCACUACAAGAUAUUGCCACAUUAGGAAACCUUCAUUCCAAAGCAGUUGAAAGUAUAUCAACAGACUCUCCAGCAUGGCAUCGAGCAGUCUGUCUUCUUUCAGCAAUCUAUGCUCAGCUUGAUCAACAUGAUGCUUUACCAAAAGAUGAAAAUGAAUCGAAAAACAUUAUUCUUUUACUUUUCCUCCACACUUGCCAACCAUACAUGAACUACCUGGAAGGAAUAAUAAGUAAGAACCACUCAUUUACGGACCCUGAUGAAGAGUUUAUAAUAUGCAGGAGUAGCAUGGUGAGUACAGAUGAUGAAGCAUUUUGGGAGAAAGCCCUUUCAGUUAGAGAUAUUCCAAAUUCCUUGAAAAAAUCCUUGUUUCUGUCUCCUUUUUUGGCUGAUGUUGUUACUGCCAGUAAAUCAAUGGAGUUGCUACAGAGAACUGGUUACAAAUGUGAAAUAUUCAAGUCCAAAGGUUCACUGUAUUCCAGGUUUCUAACUAACCUCAUUAAGUGUUUGGAAUAUGCGAAUUGUCAAGUGCAAAGAACCAGUAAUAACCAAGUUGCUAACAUUGAGACGUCAUCAGAAGAGUUGAAGAGUCGGUACAAAGCUGAAGAAACAAACAAAAAUGUUGAUGAAAUUGAUUCUUUGACUUCUAGAUUUAACUACUGGUUGACCUGGACAGGUGUAGAAAAUCCUUUUCUUUGGACCAACUUUCAGUGCCUUCUCAAGCCUUGUCCAACAAAUCUGGAAUCAGAAACUAAGCAAAAUGAGUGGUGUCACAAGAUAUCAGUACAUUCGAGCGUGACUCUACCAUUAACCCAUUUAAUACAAGAUGCACUAAGGCCUCUGGUGGAAGAAGAGUGCACUAAGACCUGCCAGUGUCUCAUCGAGGUCCUUAAAAGAGAGUACCAUCUUUCUUACCACCUUGAGUCUAUAAAGAAUUUCUUCCUUAUGGCUGCAGGGGAUGUGAUGUUUUCUUUCUGUUCAGAAAUUUUCGAUCGGAUGUCAGAAGAAGAAAACAUCCUCGAUCCUUUCUUUUUGAAUGCUGCACUUGAAGAUGCAUUAUCCUGGCGGGAGCUCAGGGAGUCUCAUAGGUUAAAUGUAACUAUAAACCCAGACUAUGUACCGCAAAAGGGUUCGUCUUUAAACAUCCUUGAAAACAUUGUCCUCCAAUAUCAGGUAACAUGGCCUGUAAAUGUACUCCUGUCUUCAAAUUCUUUACAAAUCUACAAUCAAGUCUUUACUUUUUUACUCCAAAUAAAAUGUGCAAAAUACCUCUUGGAUGAGCUGAGAUUCUCUGAUCUAAAUGAAAAAGAACCAGAAAUAGACAGUGAUGAAGAACUUACAAUUCUGACAGCAAACACAAAACCUAACAUUCCUCAUCUUCAGAAAAUUCAUGGGAUGAUUCAGUUGAGAAUACAAAUUCUCCACUUUAUCAACAGCUUGCAUGCAUACAUUAUGACAGAGGUUUUACAACCUGCUAGUGGAGAACUAGACUCUUUUCUCAAAUCAGCGGUAAACUUUGACCAAGUGAUUUCUACCCACAAUCAAUACUUGUGCCGUCUUCAGGAACAUUGUCUGCUUUCUCCACAUCUGUCAAUUUUAAAGAAAUGUGUCAGCCGAGUACUGGAUUUAGCUCCAUCUUUUCAACACUGCUGGCUAGAGGGUGCUGCAAACAUAAAUGUUAGUACUCUCCAGCACAUAGAAGAGGAGUUCAGGCAUUGUCAACAGUUUCUCGUGUCCUACCUGGCUCGACCUACACGGAAAGGUACAUUCCCUCAUAUGGAAAGCUUAGCUUUCGCUAUACAGACACUGGAAACUAUGACAAAACUCUUUCCAAAAACUUAACAAAGGAUUCCAAACCUUCAGUUAUUUCAGGAAAUAUUACAAAUCAAUAAGGACUUAACCAGGAUUAAAACACCUUAUUGUGACAGUAGGAAAGGCAGUAUGCUACGUAGUUAGCUCUUCAUCUAACACUGCUUUUAAAAAGCUUUGUCACUUGUUUUAAAUUUUCUGUCUAAAUUAACUCAUUAGUUGUAAAAAUUUUAAAAACAAUAACCUUUCAAAAACAUGACCAAGUAUCACUUAUUACUUGAUGGUUAGAGCAGAAGAUAUUGUUUAAAAAAUCUCAAUAAUAUUAAAAUUGUUCAGAUUUAUAAUAACAAUUGAAUUGAACAAUCUGUGUUACAUGUGUUGUAUGUUUUCAAAAAUUAUAAUAUACAGCUCUUAAAAGAGGUUUUUGUAAAGGAAAUGACCUGUUGUAAUAUUGCUUUUAGAUGUUAAUGUGAAAAAAAACCUGUCUCAUAAUGUAAUACAUCCUGCAAGGAAACUAAAUGUGGGCUGUUAGACAUCGUGCUUACUCAGUUACUAAUUCUUUAUAGAGUUCUUAAAUGCUAAAAAUGUUAUGCAUACAUAAAUUAGAAUCAUUCUUGAUUGGUGUUGUGCCUUGAAAAUUAUAAAGUAUGAACUUAAUUACAUUGUUAUAAUAUAGCAUCUUUGGUAGCUCUGUGAUACUGAACAAUUUGGUCAUUUUUUUGUCAAAUAGUUGUUCAAUUCUUUUAUCAUAGACUUUACACUGCAGCUAAUAUCUGUACAUUGGUCAAAAGCUGUUCUGGAUUUUACUGUUUAAAAUGUUUAAUUUUGAGAAAUUAUAAGACUUGGAUGUAUUACUAUUGUAUCCGUUGUGUUAUGGUAUGAUGUUUAAGUUUGAUAAUUUUAUGCAAAGUUUCAUAAGGCAGCAUUUCCAUGAAAACCUGCCUUUAAAAAUGCCACAUUUGAGUUGGAGGUUUUCUUACACUUGUAAACCUAUCAUCUUAUAUAAUUUUUUAACUUUCUCUACACACGUAUAUAUAUUAAUAUUAAUGUUU